ACCCGUCCACGUUGAAACGACCCAUUUCCAGGGUCCUCGACUGUUUCGAUGGGCUGAAUGGUACGACUAUAAAAGCACGACAUUUUUGGAGCCGCCUUCACUCGUUCGACCACUGACCGCCCUAGAACGUGAUCGUCUCCGGCGAUCGGCACUCCAUCGCCCAUCUCCGCCUUCUCGAAGGCGACAUGGGCUCUAAAUCCUCAGAUCGGCCCUCCACCUCGGUCUCCUCUUUCGCCUCUGCAGCUGCAUCUGGUGGCUCCCUGAAGAGGAGCAGAAACCGAACCCCACAAAAUCCCCUCCGCUCGACGACCAAGAGAAAAUCUCCUUUCGCCGACUUCGGAAGUUACAUGGCGGAAAAGAACCGGAAGCUGGGAGCUCAAUUUCGAGCGGAUGCCGCCUCCGUUUCGUCACUCGGCGCCGAUGGCGCUCCCGUCGAUUCCGAAGAAGAUAAGGGCGUCUUUCGUGGGGUCUCCAUUUUCGUCGAUGGUUUUACCAUCCCAUCCAGUCAGGAACUGAGGGGGUACAUGCUGAGGCAUGGUGGGCGAUUUGAAAAUUACUUCUCGAGAGAUACAGUGACUCAUAUCAUAUGCAGCAAUUUACCCAAUAGUAAAAUGAGAAACCUUCGUGCGUUCAGCCAUGGGUUACCUGUCGUGAGACCUGAGUGGGUGCUGCACAGCCUGGCGGCCAAUAGACUCUUGAGUUGGGCUCCAUAUCAGCUUGUACAUGGUGCAUGCAAACAACAGAAACUCUCAACUUACUUUCAUCACCAGAGGAUUUCAACCAGCAGCGAUGCUAAAGGUUCUAUAAAUCAUGAUGAGGCAAUUAAGGUUGGUCAAAAUCAUUCGGUGGUACCAACCGAUGGCCAAACAUCUGAAUGUGGAGGGAUAAGCAUUCAGGUUGGUGAUGUGGCAUGCUUGAAAAGUGAAGAAUUUUCUCAAGCAAGAGAUGCAAAUCAAGAACCCUCUGCUUCCAAUAUGGUACAUUCAACUCUUACAGAUCCCAAUUUUGUGGAGAACUACUUCAAGAAUUCCAGGCUGCAUUUUAUUGGGACAUGGAGAAACAGGUACAGACAGCGAUUUUCAAAAUUGCUUACUGGAGUUAAAAGCAGCAAUGAAAAUUUGAAGUGUCAUUCAACCAAGCAGAAAACUGCAAUCAUACACAUUGAUAUGGACUGCUUUUUCGUUUCGGUGAUUAUAAGAAACUUCCCAGAUUUGGUCCAUAAGCCUGUAGCAGUGUGUCACUCUGACAACCCCAGAGGAACUGCUGAAAUAUCAUCUGCCAAUUAUGUGGCAAGAAAUUUUGGUGUUAAGGCUGGGAUUUUUGUCAGAGAUGCCAAAGUUUGCUGCCCUAAUCUUGUUAUAUUGCCUUAUGACUUUGAGGCUUAUCAAGAGGUGGCUGAGCAAUUCUACAACAUACUACAUAAACAUUGCAGCAAAGUUCAGGCAUUAAGCUGUGAUGAAGCAUUUUUAGAUGUGACAGAAUGUGAUGUUGAUCCUGAAGACAUAGCAUUGGCCAUUAGGAAGGAAAUUGCUGAGACUACACGUUGUACAGCCAGUGCAGGAAUUGCUGAGAAUUUGCUUCUUGCUCGUUUGGCUACUAGGUCUGCAAAACCUAAUGGCCAGCGAUUCCUUCCAUCUGAAAAGGUAGAAGACUACUUAAAUGAUCUUCCUGUCAUGGAACUUCCUGGCAUUGGGUAUGCUACACAUGAGAAGCUUAAGAAGAGGCAAAUUCAAACCUGUGGUCAAAUGCGCAUGACUCAAAAGGAAGGUUUGCAGAAGGACUUUGGUGAAAAAAUUGGUGACAUGCUGUGGAAUUAUUGUCGCGGAAUUGAUAAUCGAAAUGUUGGAGAAGUUCAGGAAGCAAAAUCUAUUGGUGCUGAAGUUAAUUGGGGAAUUAGGUUCAAUGAUAUGACAGAUUGUAAUCAUUUCCUCAUCAAUCUCUGCAAGGAGGUCUCAUUACGGCUUCAGGGAUGUGGAGUACAAGGUCGUACUGUUACAUUGAAGGUGAAAAAAAGAAAGCACGGAGCAGCUGAGCCGUUAAAGUUCAUGGGCUGUGGGGACUGCCAAAAUAUGAGCCGGUCCAAUACGGUACCUAUUGCCAUAGAUAAUGAAGCUGCCCUUCUGAGAAUAGCGAAGAAAAUUUUGUCUUCUUUUCACAUUGAUGUCAAGGAAGUCCGAGGCAUUGGUUUGCAUUUAACAAAGCUUGAGAGUGCAAAAAUUACUAGGAAAGGUCGUGAGAAUAUAGCAGUAUGGCUCAGUUCUCCUAUGCAUGCAACAAGAAGCAAAUGCAAACAAAUUAGUCAGUCUGACAGACAAUGUGAUAAUGGAGAUUUUUCAUUUUCUAGUGGGGCACCAGAAUCAGGAGAUUUAGACAGUUCACAUAAGCUAGAUCAGGACAAGCCUACUCUGCUCUUUCAAGAUGCAGGAUCUAAUUGCUCUUCGAUUAAGGGUGCUGAUUGUGUCAGACCAAUUAGAUCAUCAGCAUUGCCUCCUUUACAAGAUCUUGAUAUAGAUGUGGUUAGGAAUCUCCCUACUGAAAUUAUAUUAGAAAUGGAUGUUCUUUACAAGGGGGAAUUAUCUGAUCUUAUCAGCAAGAGCAAAGGGAACAAUUGCUUGACCCACGUAUGCUCCUCUACUGUAUCCUUGAUAGAUGCAAGCACUAACAGUGCUGACACAGGCAUAUCUGAUGCACAUAUUGAUUCUGUGAAACUGGGUCUAGAUUCAAAAGACAAAGGGAAAAUGCCUAUCUGUGAGAAUGUGGAGAGUAUCAGCUAUGUAGAUCAAGUAACGAUGGAGCCUAAACUGUUUGAUUUAAUGCCUGCAUCUCUAAGCCAGGCAGAUGCUUCAGUUCUUGAACAGAUGCCUGAAGAUGUGAAAGCUGAUGUACAUGGCCUACUUCCACUUCACAGAGAAUUAAAGGUCUCUAAAGAUUUUUAUACUUGCUUCGACUUUCCAAGCUGUGUACAAUUUCCAGAUCCUCACUUGAAAACCCAUCUUUGGUCGGGUGAUCCACCAUGGUGGGUGGAGAAAUUUAAUACAAGCAAGAACAUUCUUCUGAACGUUAUUUCUAGGCAUGCCAAAUCCAGCAAGGAUAUUCGUCUUUCAUCUAUUUUGCAGUCUGUAGCUCCAUUCCUGUUGCCAGUUUGUGAAUUAAGCAAUGAAGUAUAUGCUGAAGCAAUCUGUUGGUUACAUGAGCUUCUUGCACAGUAUAUUGUUCUAAAAAUUGGGUCUGAUAUUGAGGAGAUUUAUAAUUGCUUUUGUUUUCUAAAACGGAUCUCACCAUCAUCAAAAAUUUUAUUGCUAGUAUACAAUAGUGCACUUCCUCUUUUCCAGGCUUUGGUGAACGAGAAUUACGGAGGGAAAUUGCGUCUGUCGGUUAUACAAACCACUGAUGAAUGAAAGCAUCUUUGCCAAUAUAGGCUACGAGCAUUCUUGCUUUUGCACUCGUUUGAUAAUGAAAUUUUGAUCUUGUACAUAGAGGACACAAAUUCCCAAAUAAUAGAAAAUUCUCAGAGAUGGUUCCCUUCUGACAAGUCUAAAUCAGGAUUUGAUCACCUCCAUGAAUCCCAUCUGCCAUCACUUGAAAGCAUGAGCAUGAAUGAUGAAAACAAGAAGCCCGACCAGGAUUUGACGUGCCAGCAUUGGGAGCAGAUCGACUACAAGAAGCAUAAGCAGAUGGACUCCAAUGGCGGAGCAGAUGAAGAUCUUGCAGGCCUUGUUCGAAGGCGGGAUGCGGAGUCCAAGUCCGUCGGAAAUCGAGGAGGUGACCACGGAGCUGAGCAAGUAUGGGAGGAUAGAGGGAAAGAACGUCUUCUACUGGUUCCAAAACCACAAGGCCAGAGAGAGGCAGAGGCAGAAGCUGAACAAGAAACGCAGCUAUCAACAGGAUGGUGAUACCGGUGCUGAUCUCUCCAAUCUCAAUCUCAGGGAUACAAGUAGAUACAAACGCAAGUGUAAUAAGAGUUGGAAUUGCUUAGAGUUGAAGGCGGUUGGAGAUGAAUAUGAUGAUCAUGAGGAUCAAACUUUAGAGCUUUUUCCAUUGCAGCCAGAGUUUAACUUCCGCAAGACGAGGUAAAAUUGUAGUUUAUCUUUUUUUUGGUUUAUUUGUAUUUAACUUGUUUUUGAUCUCCUUUAAUCGUUUAGAACU